AUGGCUGCGUACAAGUUGGUUCUGAUCCGUCAUGGAGAGAGCUCCUGGAACCAGGAGAACCGCUUCUGCGGAUGGUUCGACGCGGACCUCAGUGAAACCGGGGAGCAGGAGGCGAAGAGAGGAGGACAGGCGCUAAAAGGUGACCCGGUCAAUAAUGUUACACAGUAUAAUGUCUCUCUCGCUCUCUCCUUUUCUCUCUGUCUCUCUCUCAUAGGAUUAAGACAGGGCAUGGAGGGCCAUGGAGAGUUUUGCUAACAGAUAGUAGGUCAGUCUAUUCCGUUACGCAAGGCGCGGCUUGAGGAAACAGGUAGUUGUGUCACUGCGGCAUUAUCUUAACCAUCACUUGAAGGAGUUGCCCGGUGGCAUAAUGUCAACUGUUAUCAGCCACUACAGCCUGAGAGCAUUUAUGUUCUCUGUGUAGUGUAGCUGAGGUUGUGUUAGCCGUUUAGCCUAACAUGGGUAGCCUAAAGCAACUUGGCCCAAAAAAAGGAAAUAAGGGUGCAUCUCAAUAGUCUAAAGUGGACUCCUCCUCUCCUUGUCUCCUUUCCUUCACCUGCAUAAGUAAUAUGGUGGUGGUGGAUGCCUGCCAGCUAUUUCCUGUCACCUGUCUAAAUCUUUCACCUCAGUGCAGAUGAAGGAAAGGAGACAAGGAGAUGAGGAAACCACUUGAGACUAUUGAGAUGCACCCCCAACUAAAGCAUGCUCUGCCAGGACCAUAUGUGUCCAUCAUGGCUAGUCGGCUACAUGCCAAAAGGAGGUGUGCUUUAUGACUACCUCUCAUUGGUUCAACACAACCUAUCCAUGUAAGACUAUGACCGCCUGUAUGUAUUCAUAUAUACAGAAUCAACUCAAUCACUACCAAUCUGCCACAACUAGCACUGUCCCAGGCUACAUAAACUAACAGUGGACUAGUGGCCUGCUAUUCUGGUCCAUCUCUAGACCAAUAUACAGAGGAUCUGACCAUGUAUGUGUCACCUGCUGUAAGGUCCUAUUUAAAUGCUCUGUAUAGUUGCUUUCUGGCAUAGAUCUGGGGUAGCACAUCUCAUUGAGUGAGAUUCUCUGUGUCCUCUGAAACUGUCCCCAAGCCUCUCCACACACUUCAUGAACACUUCAGGCUAUGCUGCUGCUCUCAUCAAAUCUGGCUCUGACACUACAAACACCCGUACUCACUCACUCAAUCAUGCCAACCCACACACACUCUGUCUAACCCCACCUCUCUCUCUAACCCCACCUCUCUCUCUAACCCCCCUCUCUCUCUAACCCCCCUCUCUCUCUAACCCCUCCUCUCUCUCUAACCCCUCCUCUCUCUCUAACCCCUCCUCUCUCUCUAACCCCUCCUCUCUCUCUAACCCUACUCUCUCUCUAACCCCCUCUCUCUCUCUAACCCCUCCCUCCUCUCUCUAACCCCUCCUCUCUCUCUAACCCUACCUCUCUCUACUCUUAACCCCUCACCCAUCCUCUCUCUCUAAACCCCACCUCUCUCUCUAACCCCCCUCACCCCCUCUCUCUCUAACCCCUCUCUCUCUCUCUAACCCUACCUCUCUUCUAACUCCCACCCUCCUCUCUCUCUAACCCCGCUCUCUCUCUAACCCCUACUCUCUCUCUAACCCCUCUCUCUCUCUCUAACCCCCUCCUCUCUCUAACCCUACCUCCUCACCCUCUCUCUCUCGAACCCCCUCCUCUCUCCUAAACCCCCCCUCUCUCUCUAACCCCUCUCUCUCUCUAACCCCUCCUCCCUCUAACCUACUCCUCUCUCUCUAACCCCUACUCUCUCUCUCUAACCCCACCUCUCUCUGUAACCCCUCCGCUCUCUAACCCCUCCCUCUCUCUAACCCCUCCUCUUCUCUCUAACCCCUCCUCUCUCUCACUCUCUACCCCUCCUCUCUCUCUACCCUCCUCGCGCUCGCUACCCCUCCCUCUCUUCUCCUAACCCCCUCCGCUAACCCCUCCUCGCUCCUCUACCCCCCUCUCUCUAACCCCUCCUCUCUCUCUAACCCUACUCUCUCUCUCUCUAACCCUACUCUCUCUCUUCUCCUCAGAUGCUGGCUAUGAGUUUGACGUGUGCUACACCUCGGUCCUGAAGAGAGCCAUCCGGACUCUGUGGUUGGUCCUGGACGGGAUCGACCAGAUGUGGCUUCCUAUCCACCGCACCUGGCGCCUCAACGAGCGCCACUACGGAGGCCUGACGGGGCUCAACAAGGCAGAGACGGCGGAGAAGCAUGGCGAGGCCCAGGUGAAGAUCUGGAGGAGGAGCUACGACACCCCGCCCCCUCCCAUGGAGGAGGAGCACGACUUCUACAACAACAUCAGCCAGGUGAGAGGGAUGCGGGGACACACACACACACACACACACACACACACACACACACACAGAGGUACACACAUAGAAGAGCACAUGCAGAGGCCCACACAGGCACGGACACACAGAGACACGCACAUAGAGGCGUACACACACACCUACAACAUCACUGAACUCAUAUUCUGUGAUUAGACACCAUGGAGUCAGCCAUACUGACCUGGGCUACCAGGCUUUGACUUUGCAGCACUAACCAUCUCUUUCCUGCAGGACCGUCGCUAUGGCGACCUGACGGAGGACCAGCUGCCGUCCUGUGAGAGCCUGAAGGACACAAUUGCCCGGGCACUGCCAUUCUGGAACAACGACAUCGUGCCCCAGAUCAAGGACGGGAAGAGGGUUCUCAUCGCCGCCCACGGCAACAGUCUCAGAGGCAUCGUCAAGCACCUGGAGGGUAGGUCACUAGGGGCAGGAGGGAGGGAGGACUGUUUGGUUGCUCUUAUAUGUUACUGGUUGUUGACUGAUAUUGUUGUUUUUCUGAUUGUUGUUGUUGACUUGUUGUUGUUCUUGUUCUUGUUAUUUACCUCCAGGUAUGUCAGAGGAGGCUGUCAUGGAGUUGAACCUUCCUAGUGUGUAGUUGUAUAUGUUACUGAUUAUUAACUGAUUAUUGUUGUUGUUGUUGACCUCCAGGUAUGUCGGAGGAGGCCAUCAUGGAGCUCAACCUGCCUACAGGGAUCCCCAUCCUGUAUGAACUGGACAAGAACCUGAAGCCUGUAGGGCCCAUGCAGUUCCUGGGAGACGAGGAGACUGUCAAGAAGGCCAUGGAGGCU